AUGGAACAGCAUUCACUCCAGAAAAUCCUAGAGUCUCUGCAAACAUUCUCCCCAAUUCUCCUUUUUAUUUUUUUUAUCGGAUUUAAGAUGGUUACCUUCACAGCAGCAGCGAAAAGGAGCUUCUCACCUAUUACAAAACGAGUCUUCAACGGGCUAUCCGCCGUAUUGCUCGCAACAUAUUUCGGAGAAGCGGCGAUUUGUGUUACUCAUGUGGUGAUCGCCCGUUCUGAGCAGCGGUGGUGCGGGCAAUCUGUCGUGAUCUAUAUUACCGGGUCAAUGUUUUUCUAUAUAGUCCUUCUUAUAUCCUUCAAACGGACCACCUCCUACCCGACGGCUACUCAAUUGAUAUAUUGGUCUGUCGCCAUCCCUAUCGAAGUGGCCAUUCUAUGCACUUCCUUGAUCUUGUACUGCUCACUCCAUCGUGAACGAGCAAUAGGGGAUUCUUUAGGGCCUUUAGGAGGCCCAGUUCUGAAAGGGUUAAGCCCAUGGGAAAUUAUAGAAGUUGUCGCAAACAGUGUCCGCAUCGUGACUCUUGUCUCUCAAGUCCUGCUUUACGCCAGCAAGUCGGGUCUUCUUGCAAGCAGAAGUGAGAGUUUACAUGACCAAUUCAAUGAAGCUACAGAGACUACUAGGCUGUUGGAUUCUUCCGGGGGCAACCAUAUAAACAGCCAGAUUCCUGAGCCAGUACACGAUGGCUUACAGGAUCCCGACAUCCACCGCACAACAUUUCCCUUUGGAAACAAGUGGAAGUAUCUUAUAGGCUAUUCGAUUUUCCUCCCUUAUAUGUGGCCAUCAAAGUCGCAUGGACUCAAGCUCGUGACGCUGGCUUGUCUCUUCUUGCUUGUAGUUCAGCGAAUAAACAAUGUGAUGACCCCUAUUCUGGUUGGGGUGAUCACAACAGCCCUAGCAAACCAACAAGAAUCAUAUGCGUUCUAUGUUGUGUGGCCACAGAUUACACUUUAUGUUUUCACUAGGUGGUUGCAGACAGGCUUAAGCUCUCUACGAUCCGCACUUUGGAUACCAGUGAGCCAAUAUUCUCGCAUGGAGCUGUCAACGGCUGCCUUUGAGCAUGUCCACAACCUCGGCUUGGACUUUCAUCGAAAUAAAAAAACGGGAGAAGUGUUAUCGGCAUUGAGCAAAGGCAAAUCGGUCACUGGGCUUCUAGAACAGGUUGUCUUUGAGUUCAUUCCUACUCUAUUAGACUUGUUUAUCGCGAUAGGCUACUUUCUGAUUGCUUUUGAUGCCUACUACGCUCUGGUGGUUGGAAUAUCAUCUUUCGGCUAUAUUUAUGUCACUAUUCAUAUGAGCCUCUAG